AUGGGAUCAAUGAAGAAAGAGCACUACUGGAAAUUCAGACCGAAUGCUGAUUUAGAAACUGCAUCCACUUUUUCAAUCAAACGUGUUAUUGAUGUUGUGAAGACGAACCUUAACCAAAACGACGAAAGGGCCCUUAUACCUCUCAGCUACGGAGAUCCUUCCGCAUUUUCAUGCUUCCGUACGGCUCAAGUCGCAGAAGACGCUGUGGUUGAAGCUCUUGCCUCUGCUAAAUGCAAUGCUUAUGCUCCCAAAGGCGGUAUUGUUCAAGCUCGAAGGUCUUUAGCUGGGUACCUAUCUCGCAAUCUACCUUAUAAACUAUCAGCAGACGAUGUAUAUGUCACACUCGGUGCUUAUCAAGCGAUUCAAGUUUUAUUAGCUGCAUUGAGACGCCCAGGUGCAAAUAUUUUGCUUCCUAAACCUGGCUAUCCAGCAUACGAAGCUCUCUCCCUUGUAAACCAUCUUGAAGUUCGCCAUUUUGAUCUUCUUCAAGAACAAGGUUGGGAGGUUGACUUGAAUGGGCUUGAAACCUUGGCAGAUGAUAAAACCGUUGCUAUGGUCAUUAUCAAUCCUGGGAAUCCUUGUGGCAAUGUAUUUACGCGUGAUCAUUUACAUAAGAUUGCUGAGACUGCUAGAAGAUUCGGAAUACCUGUGAUAGCGGAUGAAGCCUAUGCACAUUUGACUUUUGGAAGUAACUCAUUUGUGCCAAUGGGGAUCUUUGGCAUGAUUACACCUGUUUUCACUGUUGGUUCUCUAUCAAAGAGGUGGAUGGUUCCCGGAUGGAGACUCGGUUGGAUAGCAAGGAAUGAUCCCAAUGACAUCUUCAGUGAACACAAGAUUGUUGAGUGCAUCAGUAGAUGUCUUGAUUCCAAUGCAUCGGCUACAACAUUCAUACAGGCCGCCCUUCCGCAAAUUCUUGAGAAGACAACAGAUGAUUUCUUUAUCAAGACUUUAAACAUACUGAAAAAAGAUGCUGAUAUGUGUUACGAAGCGCUGAAGGGGAUUCCGUGCUUUACAUGCCUAGAAAAGCCUCAGGGAUCUCUCUUUCUAAUGGUGAAGUUAGACUUUUCAAAGCUCAAAGGUAUAAAUGAUGAUAUGGAAUUUUGUUCCGAACUUGCUAAAGAGGAGUCUGUCAUUCUUCUGCCUGGGUAUGUAUUCAAAAUGAAGAAUUGGGUGCGUGUAACAUUCGGCAUCGACCCAUUGCUUCUUGAAGACGGGCUUGCCAGGAUUAAAACAUUUUGCCUAAGGCAUACAGCCACCAAAGUUUGCUGA